CCCAUCCAUCCCAGCAGCACCCGCGCUGCCACCUCCCAAAUUACUGAGGCCGAUUGCCAAACCUCGCUGGGGCAGCACAACCAGCUGCGGUGAGCGGUGAGGAUGGAGGGGCUCAGCGUGGGCAGCGUCCUGCUGACCGGCUGCGACGGAGGACUGGGCCUGGGGCUGCUCAAGGGUUUGCUGGAGCAGCCCAGCCCCCCUCGGCACCUCUUUGCUGCUUGCCUGGACCCCCAGGGGAAGGCGGUCAACGAGGUGGCUUUGGGCUGUCCCAACAUCGUGGUCCUGCCUCUAGACGUGACAGAUCCCAACAGCAUCAAGGCAGCGGUCAGGAAGGUGCGGGAGGAGGUGGGAAGCGCCGGCCUCAACCUCCUGAUCAACAAUGUCGGCACCACGCGCCGCAGCACGCUGGCCACUGAGACGGCGGAGAACAUGACCCUCGUCUACACCACCAACACCAUCGGGCCCCUGCAGACAAGCCAGGCGUUCCUGCCCCUGCUGAAGGAGGCUGCCGAGGCCAAAGGGCAGCAGGGGAUGAGCUGCAGCAGAGCCGCCAUCAUCAACAUCUCCAGCAUCCUGGGCUCCAUCGAGGCGGCGAAGGCUUGGGAGGAAAGGCAGGACGUCUGCUUCCGCUGCAGCAAGGCUGCGCUGAACAUGCUCACCAAGUGCCUGGCCCUGGAGUAUGGGAGCAGCGGGAUCCUCUGCGUGUCCGUGGACCCUGGCUGUGUGACGCCUCCCUUGGGACAGGGGACGGGCCCGGUGACAGAGGAGGAGAGCGUGCAGGGCGUCUUGCGGCUGCUUGCCCGGCUCUCGGCCACCAGCAAUGGCACCUUCUGGGACUGGAGAGGGCAGAGCCUGCCCUGGUAAGACCACAGUAAAGUUAAUUAAUUGUCAUUUCCAGGCUCGUUUUUGGAUCUGUGGGGUGAGGGCAGGGAACCCCUGUUUG